GACCCCUGCGGACGCAGAAGCGGGGCCACACGCCAAAGCCAUUGGAAUAAAUGACCGAUCGCAUCGCGCUUGGCAGCCCUGGGGCGCGCCUCUGUCCACCCAGGGCAGCGCAGGCAGGGUUUGGAGAGUGCCUGGAGGCGGGUCCGACGCUCCGGAGUCCGCAGGCGCCUCCAGCCGCCGCGGGGUGGCGGAGUUGGGGGCAGGCGGGCCCCACCGACCCCGCGGGGUGGCCCCGCCCCGGAGCCUGGCAGAGACCUCACCGUGGGGGGCGGAGUUGCCGGCGCUCCACCAGCCCCUGAGACUGUGGCCCCUUCUUAAGCCCGCGGAGCCUCUGGCCGCCUAGCCUGCCUCUCCCGCCUUCUCCCCCCAGCACGAUGGCUUCGGCACUGAGCUAUGUCUCCAAGUUCAAGUCCUUCGUGAUCUUGUUCGUCACCCCGAUACUGCUGCUGCCACUCAUCAUUCUGGUGCCCACCAAGUUUGCCAGGUGUGCCUACGUCAUCAUCAUCAUGGCCAUUUACUGGUGCACAGAAGUCAUCCCUCUGGCUGUCACCGCCCUCUUGCCUGCCUUGCUUUUCCCACUCCUCAAGGUUCUGGACUCCAAGCAGGUGUGUGUCCAGUACAUGAAGGACACUAACAUGCUGUUCCUGGGAGGCCUCAUCGUGGCUGUGGCCGUGGAGCGCUGGAACCUGCACAAGAGGAUCGCCCUGCGCACACUCCUCUGGGUGGGGACCAAGCCUGCACAGCUGAUGCUGGGCUUCAUGGGCGCCACCGCCUUCCUCUCCAUGUGGAUCAGCAACACAGCCACCACAGCCAUGAUGGUGCCCAUUGUGGAGGCCGUGCUGCAGCAGAUGCAGGCCACAAGCACAGCCAACGAGGCGGGCCUGGGGGCCCUGGAGCUGGUGGACAAGGGCAAGACCAGUGAGCUGCCAGGGAGCCAAGUGAUUUUUGAAGGCCCUGCUAUGGGGCCGCGGGAGAAUUGUGACAGGAAGAGCAUGUGCAAGGCCAUGACCCUGUGCGUGUGCUACGCGGCCAGCAUCGGAGGCACUGCCACUCUGACCGGGACAGGACCCAACGUGGUGCUCCAGGGCCAGAUGCACGAACUGUUUCCUGGUAGCAAAGACACCGUGAACUUUGCCUCCUGGUUUGGAUUUGCCUUCCCCAACAUGCUGAUCAUGCUGCUGCUCGCCUGGUUUUGGCUCCAGUGUAUUUUUAUGGGAUUCAACUUUAAAAAGGUUUGGGGCUGUAGUCUGGAGAAAAAGAAUAGCGAGAAAGCUGCCUACGAGAUGUUACAGGAGGAGUACAGGAAGCUGGGACCCUUCUCCUUCGCCGAGGCCAACGUCCUGCUCUGUUUUCUCCUGCUGGUCACCCUGUGGUUCUCCCGGGACCCAGGUUUCAUGCCCGGCUGGAUGUCGGUCGCCUGGAUGGAGGGCGAGACAAAGUAUGUCACCGACGCCACCGUGGCCAUCUUCGUGGCCAUAUUGCUAUUCAUUGUGCCUUCGCAGAAGCCCAAGUUCAACUUCUGCAGCCAGACAGAGGAAGAAAGGAAAACUCCGUUUUAUCCGCCUGCACUGCUGGAUUGGAAGGUGACCCAGGAGAAAGUUCCCUGGGGCAUUGUGCUGCUUCUGGGGGGCGGAUUUGCUCUGGCUAAAGGAUGCGAGGCCUCGGGGCUGUCUGAAUGGAUGGGGAAGCAAAUGGAGCCCUUGCACGUUCUGCCCCCAGCAGCCAUCUCCUUGGUCUUGUCCUUGCUCAUUGCUGUAUUCACUGAGUGCACAAGUAAUGUGGCCACCACCACCCUGUUCCUGCCCAUCUUUGCCUCCAUGUCACGUUCCAUUGGCCUCAACCCGCUGUACGUCAUGCUCCCCUGCACCCUGAGUGCGUCCUUUGCCUUCAUGUUGCCUGUGGCCACCCCACCUAACGCCAUCGUGUUUGCCUACGGACACCUCAAGGUUUCUGACAUGGUGAAAACAGGAAUAAUGAUGAACAUAAUUGGAGUCCUCUGUGUGUUUCUGGCGGUCAACACCUGGGGACGGGUCAUAUUUGACCUGGACAAUUUUCCUGACUGGGCUAAUGUGACUCAUAUUGAGACUUAG